UUUUCUCUCUCUCUCCCUAUCUUAAAACUUUUUGUGGCAAGUGUCGGAUGUCAACAGCCCUACAAACGACAAGAAAGGAAAGGAAGCAGUGAAGCUAGAACAGUAGGGUUCAUCAAUUAUUCUUCGAUCUCCUUCUUCACCCCCACAGUGUUUCUGCAAACUAGGGUUGGUUGGUUAGAGAUUGUUGGCCUAAUUUGGAAAAUUCCCCGUCUUUCUUUUUUUCCUUUGUUCUUACUCUCUACAUACCACUCUCUCUCUCUCUCUCUCUCUCUCUCCACAUUUUCCAUAUAUAGAAUGCUUACUAAGCACUAGAAGACUGGUGGAAGAUCUGCAAGAUUAGUUGAUUGUUGUCUGAAGGGUAUAGGAGUUUGAAUUUGCUGUCUCUGAGGGUCGGAUCAUUUUUUAAUUUCUCUCAAAAAUGACGAGGAGGAAAAUCCAGAUCAAAAAGAUUGACAACACAACGGCAAGGCAGGUGACUUUCUCAAAGAGGAGGAGGGGGCUGUUUAAGAAGGCUAUGGAGCUCUCAACUCUCUGCGAUGCUGAAAUUGCUCUCAUUGUCUUUUCUUCUACUGGAAAGCUCUUUCACUACGCCAGCUCAAGUAUGCAACAGGUAAUUGGACGACAAAAUAUACAUUCAAAGAAUCUCGACCAACCAUCUUUGGAGCUGCAGCUUGACAACAGUGCCUGCACCUCGUUGAGCAAUGAAAUCAUGCAGAAGACUCGUGAACUGAGGCAGUUGAAGGGAGAAGAGCUCCAAGGAUUGAAUAUGGAAGAACUAAAGAAACUAGAGGAACUUCUCGAGGAAGGCUUGAGUCGCGUUUUAAAAGCAAAGGAUGAAAGAUUUCGAGAAGAGAUGAGUGCCCUUGAGCGGAAGGUAUCCCAACUGAUGCAGGAUAACCAACAACUAAAACAGCAGAUGGAGAAACAGUUUAACAUUAAAACACAUGCAAUUGAACAAGGUCAGUCAUCUGAGUCAAUCACCAAUAUUUGCAGCUCAGCUGAUCCCCCUCAAGACCAAGACAACAACAACACUUCUCUCAAGUUGGGGUUACCUUUCCCUACUGAUUUUGAAAGAUAAAAGAAGGUAAAGAGUACAUGGGACACAUUUUCUUUAUGGGUAAUACUAUUUAGUAGAUUCGGUCUUGUAUAACUGCCAUAUAGUUAGAUGACGUGACAAAAAAUCAGCCAAUGAAUCGGCACUUGUGAAAAUAAAUAAAUAAAUCGAGUGAUAAUCAAAUGGCUGAUUUUGACUGCACGUGAUCCAAGUGUAUAGUAAUUAUACAAGAAUCUACUAAAUAGAAUUACUCUUUCUCAAUUUAACAAUCGACUAUCAAAAGCAUUGGAAAAAUAAAUGGGAUUCUACAAAGGAAAGGAAAGGAUAUGGAUUCCAGACAUAAUGCAGAAUGACAAUAAAUGGGCUGAAAGGUUUGUUCCGAAAUGGCCCAUUAAGGAAAAGAUCACAUGUUAUAUUCAUUUUCCUAUUGAUAAAUUGUAUCGAUUAGUUAAUGUCAAUCAUAAAAAUGUUUUACCAA